UUUGUUUCCGCCACAAACGUGUUCAAGUAAUGAAACUUUUUUUGCAGCACCCAAAAUUAGAUCCUACCAAUGGAAUUGAAGGGGAUGUUGCUUUAUUACAGCUUGAAAAUGAGCCGGAACUAGGAGAAAGGGUCAAGACGUUCGGUCUACAAAAUUUAGCUAAAUCUUCAAAGGAAGACAAGAACAUUCAUAAGAAAAAAGGCGCGUGCAUAGUUCCGGGAUAUGGCUUCAUUAAAUGGGAUAAAUUUCAGACGCUACUGCCCACAACUAUGAGGAAGUACAGUCCAGCCAUGCUAAAACCUUCAGUUUGCACUGGCGGUGAAUACUUUAAGAAACUGUUUUUAUGUGCUUUUAACCAAGACUUGACAAACACAUGCAAGUAUGACGGUGGCACACCUUUGCUGUGCAAGAGUAAAGGAAAGACUAAACUGUACGGAGUGACGAUGGGGGCUUUUGGAUUUACCCAGUAUUGUAACAGUGGCCAGUCACUGUUUACACGGAUAUCCACAUACUAUGAUUGGAUAAAAAAGAAAACUAGAUCACUGCAAAAUGAAAAGAUUGAGGAAUAAUUUACUAAUUUCAAGACAAUGCAUGUGUAACGAUAUUUUCAAUGGACACUGCUUUUCAUUUUUGCUCAAGCUCAACUCUAUGGUUUUAU